AUAUGUCUACGCGUGACGUCAUUUCUGGUGUCGUGUUCGCCUCCAUUUCACAGGAAAAACAUCAGGGAAGAGAAAUUGGAUUAAACUGCGGAUUUAGGCUGAAAAGAGGCUCGUUUGUGCCACAGUCAUCACAAUGGAAGAAUCCUGAGACCAGAACCUACCAUCGGCCAAAAGGGACGUGGCAACUGGGUGUCCUAUCACUUUUAAUGACCCACAUUUGGGAAAGCCAGGUUUCCCCUCAAGUGCAGGGUGGCCUGUGACGCUCCAGAGCUGCUGCAUUCCAUUUAGAAUGAAAGAUGGACCUGGAUGCGGCUGACAGUCAGGUCACCCUCGUCAUUCGGGCGCCAAAUCAGAAAUACGACGACCAGACCAUCAGCUGCUUCCUGAACUGGACCGUGGAGAAGCUGAAGAAGCACAUCUCCAGCGUGUACCCCAGUAAGCCGUUGUGUAGAGAGCAGAGGCUGGUUUACUCUGGGCGUCUCCUGCAGGACCAUCAGCAGCUGCGGGACAUUCUGAGAGAGCAGGAUGAGUAUCACAUGCUACACCUGGUCUGUGCCCCUCGCAGCCCCCCCUCUCCACCUGUGGACCACUGGGACCUCAGCAGCUCCCCCCUGACCUCUGACCCCAGUUCUGUGAAUGCAGGCACCCAUGGCCCCUCCCCCUCAGUCUCUGUGUCCUAUCAGGAUGCCCCCAGUCUCUCUGUCACAGGAAGUUCAGACGGCCUGCGGCACCGAGGAGGUUCAACGCAGAUCCCCGGUUUGACACCUGACCCCACAGACGCAGUGCAGUGGCCUCAGGGGAUGCCCCUCUCUGCACUGACAGUGCCCCCUGCUGGACUCCCAGCACACCCCAUGUACUCUCCUAUGCAGAUGCUGUGGUGGCAGCAGAUGUACGCCAGACAUUACUAUAUGCAAUACCAAGCUGCGAUGGCAGCCUCCCAGGCAUCCACCGUGGAUCCACGCCCUUCCCUCAGUCCCCGCCCUGCGGCCGUUCCGGCUCCGCCCAACGAGCCCGCAGCCCCUAUGGGGCCGAAUCCUGCCCCCAACCCUGUCCCAGAGGAGCGUCCGGCCAAUCAGAACUUGCAGAUGAACGCACAGGGUGGAGCCAUGCUGAACGAGGACGAGCUGAACCGUGAUUGGCUGGACUGGCUGUACACAGUCUCGCGUGCUGCAAUUCUGCUCAGCAUCGUCUACUUCUACUCUUCCUUCGGACGCUUUGUCAUGGUGAUCGGCGCCAUGCUGCUCAUUUACCUACACCAGGCUGGCUGGUUCCCCUUCAGAGCGGAGCUGCAGAACCCAGCAGCAGCAGAAGGUCCUCAGGAUGAAGCAGCGAGAAACAACGACAUGCAGGAAAUGGAACGGAUUAUGGAUGAUGGGAUUGAGGAGGAUGAUGGUGAGAGUGGGGAGGAAGGCCCUGAGGAUGCAGCUCCAGCCAGGCCGGGCUUUCUAACAGCCACCUGGUCAUUCAUCAGCACUUUCUUCACCUCAUUAGUGCCGGAGGGCCCAGCUCGCCCUGCCAACUGACCCUACAGCCCAGAUAGAAAAACAAACAAACGCAGACACUAAGAGGGCGUUUCACAGCGCUGGAUUCCUCAGAUCGUUUAAUUGUGCCUGUCUAGCAGAGAGCGGAGUUCUCGUUCCACAGAUCAGUGCCGUGUUAAUCGUGACCAGCUAAACCAGCUCAUGGGUUUGUCUUCCUGUUACACUGAGAAUCUGUUUGGCUUUGUUUUUGGACAAAGGCGCAACACUAAACCGUGUAACUGCUUCAGUAAAAUAGUUCUCCAUUUCCACUGAGUGUAAAUAAAUAGCAUUGAUUCACAGACAUGAAAAUUUGCAUCUCAUUGAAGUUGAGCUGUGUUUUUGAAUAAAAGCAGUUUGGCAGUGAGGUGCAUGG